GUCAUAGCGAACCCCGAGCCGCAUCUCCGACAGUUAAACGAACAGGGAACUCUUCCCGCGAGUUUCACGGAAGACGUUACCGGGAGCCCACGACCGGCAAUAGCAAUCAGCGUUUGGAUUAGUUCGUUCACCACGACGAUUUUUUCCAAAUAAAACGCAAACGCAGUUGACCAUGCAUUCUAUCGCAUCCGGACCGAGCCAUGCAGCCUACACGUGGGCGGCGCAAGGAGGCGGAUUUGGUAACCAAACAGUGGUGGACAAAGUGCCACCGGAGAUGCUUCAUCUGGUCGAUGCUCACUGGUACCAAUUCCCACCGAUGAACCCUCUAUGGCACGCGCUCCUCGGCUUUGCCAUCGGCGUCCUCGGCGCAAUAUCCAUCAUCGGUAACGGCAUGGUGGUAUAUAUAUUCACCACUACUAAGAACCUCCGUACUCCAAGCAAUCUGCUCGUCAUCAAUCUCGCUAUCUCGGAUUUCCUUAUGAUGCUCUGCAUGUCUCCGGCUAUGGUGAUUAAUUGCUAUUACGAGACGUGGGUGCUAGGACCCCUGAUCUGUGAACUAUACGCUUUGGCGGGCUCCCUGUUCGGAUGUGGCUCCAUAUGGUCGAUGACGAUGAUCGCAUUCGAUAGGUAUAACGUAAUCGUCAAAGGUUUAUCCGCUAAGCCAAUGACCAUUAACGGCGCCCUCCUUCGCAUACUCGGCAUUUGGGCCUUCUCCCUAGGUUGGACACUCGCACCCAUGUUUGGAUGGAACCGCUACGUACCUGAGGGCAACAUGACCGCCUGCGGUACCGAUUACUUGACCAAAGACCUGCUCUCCAGAUCGUAUAUCCUGGUCUACAGCAUCUUUGUCUACUUCAUGCCGCUGUUCCUCAUCAUCUACAGUUACUUCUUCAUCAUCCAGGCCGUCGCAGCGCACGAGAAGAACAUGCGCGAGCAAGCAAAGAAGAUGAACGUUGCUUCCUUGCGAUCGGCUGAGAACCAGAACACCAGCGCCGAAUGCAAAUUGGCGAAGGUAGCUCUGAUGACCAUUUCCCUAUGGUUCAUGGCGUGGACUCCAUAUCUGGUUAUCAAUUACGCAGGUAUCUUCGAGACAGCCAAGAUCACCCCGCUUUUCACGAUCUGGGGUUCUGUCUUUGCAAAAGCCAAUGCUGUAUACAAUCCCAUCGUAUACGGCAUCAGUCAUCCCAAGUACCGAGCUGCUCUCUUCCAGAGAUUCCCGUCCUUGGCGUGUAGCUCUAGUGAAUCAGGUGGUGACACAAUGUCCACGACUACCACGGUUACGGAUAGUGAAAAGCCUGCCGCAUAAAAUGAUGACGCUACGUAUAUAUCAAUACUUUCUUUCUUGACAAUGCAAUAGAUUUUCGCUAAAUCGGCGCAAGGCCAAAUGAGAAAUAGUAUUACAUUCUCGUUACAAAAAAAAAAAUCACGCCACAUCAAGCAUGAAUUGUAAAUAGCUGCAAUAAAUAAUAUAACGUGCGUCAGAAAUACUGUGAUAGGCGAGAAUGCAUUAGAUACUAUAUAAAAGAAAUAUCAUGUACGAUUAACUGUGGUUUGAAUGGAUAAUCAUCUGAGCGAAGCCAAGACGGAGUGCGUAAAAAAGAACUUUAACGUCAGAAAAAUCGAGGGCUAAACAAUCCAAACUGUUUGAGUUUAUGAUACAUUAUACGGUUCGGCUGCACCACGAUGCGAAUUUCUUAUGUCUCAUAACGAAAUUUAAAUAAUUCUGUGUCAUAUCUCUUCCAAGCAAAAAUGAAAUGCAUAAUUAUUUUGGAAUUAGUAAAUAUAUUGGCUGUAUAAGAGUGUUAAAUCGUUAUGAGAUAUAUGUCGUAUCUGUAAUUAAUUUUAUAGAACUAAAUAAAUAUACUGCAAAGGCAAUCAUA